AUUCUGUGUACGGUGUAGCAACGUGUACAGUAGACACGCCUUGUGAGGCAGAGGCGAGGCUGUCCGCGUCCAGAUGACUGUGGCCUUAAGGCUAAUGCCAGUUUGUUGUCAGUGCGCUUAUGAUCUUUGAUUAGGAUGAAGGAUUUAUUACCCAGAGCAGUUUGUGAAGACAGUUCAUCUCCUGCCAUAGUGCUCUCCAGUUUUACACCAGCGCGUUUGGUGGCUAUAGCUACCAUGGGCAGGCUAAACAUAACAACACGUUGGGAUCCUUCACUCCACUGCCUACACGAGACCAUGGAGGAAGACCUCAAUCAUAUGGAAGAUGAGACUGCAUUCAGCAACACUGACACAAAUGGCGAGCGCUUGUCCGAGGCCAUGGAGCAGGACGACCCGUCCUUCAAGCGUUCCCGUAACACGGACGAGAUGUUGGAGCUCAGGGUGCUGCUUCAGAGCAAAAACGCCGGAGCUGUGAUCGGAAAAGGUGGCAAGAAUAUCAAAGCCCUUCGUACAGAUUACAAUGCCAGUGUGUCAGUCCCAGACAGCAGUGGGCCAGAGCGGAUCCUCAGUGUGAACGCCAACAUCGACACAAUAGGAGACAUCCUGGUGAAGAUCAUCCCUACUCUGGAGGAGUACCAGCAUUACAGCGGGAUGGAUUUUGACUGCGAGCUGCGCCUGUUGAUCCAUCAGAGUAUGGCCGGGGGCAUUAUCGGGGUGAAGGGGGCCAAGAUUAAAGAGCUGAGAGAGAACACGGAGACCUCCAUCAAGCUGUUCCAGGAGUGCUGCCCCCACUCCACCGACCGGGUGGUGCUGGUCGGGGGCCGGCCGGAGCAGGUCGUCGAGUGCAUCAAGGUCAUCAUGGAGCUCGUGUCCGAGGCCACGGUCAAGGGCCGGACGCAGCCCUACGACCCCAACUUCUACGACCAGACCUACGACUACGGCGGCUACACGGCCGCCUUCGAGGACCGUGGCCGGCGGCCCCCGGGCGGCGGCUUCGCCCCGCGGCCCCUGAGGGGGGUCUUCGAGCGCAUGGCCCCGCCCCACCGGCCGCCGAUGGCCCCGCGGCGGGAGUACGAGGACAUGAGCCCCCGCCGGGGCCCGCCCCCGCCCCCUCCCCCGCUGAGCAGGGUCGCCGGAGGGGGCCGGGCGCGGAACCUACCCCUGCCCCCCCCGCCGCUGACCAGAGGAGGGGGAGACCGGUUUCCCCACGGAGGCUACCACGGCAGCAUGGAUGACAGAAACAACGACCGAAGAGGCCGGCUGGGAGAGCCCUACGAAGGCAUGGGUGGGGGUUUUCACGACCGCAAUGCCAACUGGGAACCCUUUCAGCCUGGCGGCCGGGGCUCCUACGGGGACAUGAGUGGACCAGUCGUCACCACACAAGUCACCAUCCCCAAAGACUUGGCGGGGUCUAUCAUUGGUAAGGGGGGCCAGAGGAUCAAGCAGAUCAGGUCAGAGUCGGGGGCCUCGAUCAAGAUCGAUGAGCCACUAGAGGGCUCCGAGGACCGGAUCAUCACCAUCACAGGGACCCAGGACCAGAUCCAGAACGCCCAGUUCCUCCUACAGAACAGUGUGAAGCAGUUCUCUGGACGGUUCUUCUAAGACAACCAAGGACGUGGGGGGAAGGAGAAGCAAUACUGCCAUAACUGUUGGGCUCUUCUAUCCAUAUUCAACCUAUUCCUUUGUUUGGGAUAGACGUUGCCCCUUCCUCUUCAUCAUAAAUGGUCUGCUACGUCAAGUUUCCCAGCUGUCAAGUUACCAGCCUCCACCUUCUGUGCUGAUGUUUUCAUUUUACUUUAUUAGUUGUUUUUUUACUGGAUCCAUGUACUGUAAUUGGAGUAAACUCACUUGUUUGGUACCUUGUUUUAUUUUGUUACGUGUGCCCUAGCACCCCCUGUGCCACCGCUGUGUUCCAGUACAGCAGAAUGUCAUUUUAAUUUUCUGGAUUUUAGCUUUUCUCCAAAUUAUUUGGUACACUCUCAAAAGACCUUGAGCUGAUUCGUUCUUUUUUUAAAUGAGGUUUUUUAAUGAGGUAAUUAUUUUUAAAUAAACCAAGGAGUAACAACCAA